AUGGCAACUUUAGACUUGGAUGAAGAAUUACUCAAAGAUGAAGAGUUAGUUGCAAGUAUUCAAAAUUUGGACCAUUCAAUUGUAGAUAUUGAAACGUUACUAGAAUCACGAAUGGAUUUAGAUUACAUUUCUAUGUCAGUAGAGGAAAAAAUUAAGCAUGAUCUACUUAUUGCAUUUGCAUUGAAUAGUUUGUAUUGGGUAUACCUGCGAUUGGAUGGUGUUGAUCCAACUUCUCAUAAUAUAAAACGAGAAUUGGAUCGUGUAAAAUCAACUAUGGAUAUGGCUAAAGGUGCUAUGGCCAAAAAAAAUAUGCUAAGAGUUGAUAAAAAAGCGGCUGAAAGGUUUAUCGAUCAUGCUCUUUGGACACCAGAAGAUAAGAAACGUAGGUCUCAUAAUGUGGAAAAACCAAAUAAAAAAAUAAAAUUUGAUGAAAAUGGUGACCCAUCAACAUAA